GCCAAGCGUAAUAAAACAGACUUUUUUGGUGCAGCCCAGAAAAAGAAAAAUCUAGUACUAGUAUAUAAAAAAUAAAACUCAAAAGAUAAUUAUAGAAAAAGCAAGAAAUACCAUUAACCCACCCACCAGUUUCGCCCACGAACCAGCCCUCAUUUCAGUGCUUUACCCACCAUUUCUUCCUACUUUUCUUUGGGUUUUUUUUUUCUUUUUUGGGGUUUCAUCAUUUUUUUCAACAAUUCUCAAUUUUCUUUCCCUCUCUGUAACGCCCUCCUUUUCUUUUUAUCUUCUUUCUUUUAUCAUCAUCAUCAUCAUCAUCAUCUCACCACCACCUGGAACAUCGUGCCCUUUUGUUUUCAUCUUUAACAAAGUUAUAUAAAACUGCUCACCCUUUUUUUCUUUUUUAUCCCCCUUUUUAAUUUAGUCAUCCUAAAUUAAUUUGCAGUCUGAUUUUUCGCGAAUUUUUUUUUUUUGUCUGGUGGCCAAUUAUGGAUUGCAUGGCUGCAAAAGCGUUGAAGAAUUCGAGUUUUCUCUCUGAUUUUGGCGGGAAAUCAUCCACCCUUCAACAGCAGCAACCAGGCGGCUCAGUGGAUGAUGUUUGGUAUGUGGCCUCCGCCGGCGCCGGCGGGCUUAAUUUGAAUAAUGUCCCGGGUGAUGAUUUUUCGGUGGAUGAUCUUCUCGACUUCUCCGAUAAAGAUUUUAAGGAUGGCCCUUUGAAGGGAGAAGGAGAAGAAGAUGAAGAGAAGGAAGAAGACUCCAUCUCCGACGAUUCCUCUUCCUCGCCGCACCACCAUCGGAGCUCCAAUUUUUCCUCCUUUUCUGAAACUGAUGAUUUUGGGUUGCUCCUCGCCCAACAACUUACAGCCCCGGCGGAUAAUUUGGAAAAUUUGGAGUGGUUGUCUCAAUUUGUGGAUGAUUCCCAGUCGGAAUUGUCUUUGUUGUGCCCGGUUGGAAGUGUGAAGGACAAGAACGGGAGCUUUUCAUUUUCCGGCAAGUGGGCCCAGCCGGCGGCGGUUUCGAUGAUUAGAGUUCCUUGUUUCCCUUUGCCGGUUCCGGUUAAAGCGAGAAGCAAGCGGUCAAGGCCGAACGGCCGGGGUUGGUCCGGGUCGCCGUCUUUGACCAGUAUCACUACAACCGAGUCGUCAACUACCACGACGUCGUCCUCAUCGUAUGGCUCCUCCGCUUUGUCGCCUUUUGCCGCCGCCUUCUCGAACGCGGUUCAGGACCUGGACUUGUUCUCUAGCGGCGAGAAACCGCCGGCCAAGAAGCAGAAAGUGAAGAAACCGCCGGCACCGGCAACUGCCGUUGCCGACACCGGUUCCGGGUCAAGUGGGCUGGUCGUGUCACGUCGGUGCACCCAUUGCCAGGUUCAGAAGACCCCACAGUGGCGGGCCGGCCCGUUGGGCCCCAAAACACUCUGCAACGCAUGUGGGGUCCGGUAUAAGUCCGGCCGGCUCUUCCCGGAGUACAGACCGGCUUGCAGCCCAACUUUUUCUCAGGAAGUUCACUCGAAUAGCCACCGGAAGGUUUUAGAAAUGCGGCGGAAAAAGGAGAUGGUGACCGGCAGCGGUUUCACUCCGAUGGUCCCUAGUUUUUGAGGUUUUACUUUUAUUAUUAGGAGGAGGUUGGGUAGGGCGAAUCGGCCAGUUCGGUUAGUGGUUCGGUUUGGUUUAGGUCUAGCUCGGUGCGGUUCAAAGUGUACAAUUUUGGUGGCGGUUUUGGUUAUAUUGUAGGAAGGACAGGCAGGAAGGAUAGUGAGGUUAUAAAUUAUAAUGUUGAAUUUAGGAUAUUAUUAUGACGUCAUUUUUAUCCCCCUUUCUUUAUCAUGGUUGGGUUUUAGGUGAUCUAAUUUGUUUGCUGGUUAGUUGUUAGAGUCGGAGAGUCUUUGUACUAAUUGGAGAUUUGCAAAAUCAGUAUUAAAUUUAGAAAAUCAAAGUUUCUUUGUCUUACGUUUUUGUUUUUUAAGAGAUUAAUAUUGAUCCCUCACUCAACAAAAUCUUGCAUUAUUCCAAUUAGUAAAAGUUACGUUUUGAAUAAUCCAAACUUUAUGUUACUUUUAAACCAAAACGGUGGAAAAUUACUAAAGAUUGGACAAAUUGAUAACAGCUGUAUCGUGAUGCCCGUUGCUAGAAUGGAGAAUGGAUGAUGCCAUUUUCUGAAUUCUAAUUGUCCCCGUCCAAAUUAAAUGCCGUUUGCUGUCUUUUUUCA